ACCAGUGUUUCAAAAGAAAACUUGAUCACAUUGCUAGAUAAUGAAGGAAUCCUAAAUAAGUGUGUGAGCGCCUCAAGGGCUUUACCUAUAGCUCCUGCCAAAAGUACAUAUUUUUUUGAUUGGUAAGAACGGCAGGUGACGCUUCAUGAAAUAUAAAUGCAAGAAAGACUCUCGGCAGAGCUCCAUAAAAACCUUCUACCAGUCAGUCUGGAAGGAUAAGAAAGAUACUGUUAACAACAGCUGGAAAUGGCUUUCGGAGUGUCAGUAUCAGUCUAUCUCUUAUUCAAAGCAAUGACAGCCUUGACUGAAGAAGCAGCGGUGAUGGGAACACCUUCAAACACAACCCAGCAGAGUAACUGGACAGUUAACAAAACAGAAGCUGACUACACAGAAGGGCCCAUAGCCUUGAAGUUCUCACAUCCUUGCCUGGAAGACCACAAUAGUUACUGCAUCAAUGGUGUUUGUGCCUUCCAUCAUGAGCUGGAGAAAGCCAUCUGCAGGUGUUUUACUGGUUAUACUGGAGAAAGGUGUGAGCACUUGACCUUAACUUCAUAUGCUGUGGAUUCUUAUGAAAAAUACAUUGCAAUUGGGAUUGGUGUUGGAUUAUUAUUAAGUGGUUUUCUUGCUAUUUUUUACUGCUACAUAAGAAAGAGGUGUCUAAAACUGAAAUCACCUUACAAAGUCUGUUCCAGAGGAAGACCACUGUAGGGCCCUUGUGAAAAAUUUCCGUGAGGCAUUUAUAAAACUCAGUGGGCCCCAAAUCAAAAUCUUCCAAUGAAACAACAAAACUUCCCAAGCUGACUGGACUUGAAAAUAAUGGAAGUUGGGAUCGUGAUGAAACAAGAGAGUAAAUUUCAACAAUGGUCUUCAGACUUUGCCGUCGUUAGGGUGCCAUGGGAGCCGAGUGAACGAGCCACUGUGACCGAAGCCAAGUUCACAGUUCUACUCUGGGUGUGCUGCUGUUGUUGUGUGGUUAUUGUUCUAACGGCAGAAAGACUGAGCUUCAUGCUUCUGACCAUGUCAGAUGUGAAUUCUCAUAGGAAUAAUUACCAACCUUGCAGCAAGCCAAAGCAAUGCCAAGCUUGGGUUCUUCAUGUCCUUGCUGCCACCAGUAUUUUAGACCGGUGCUCUAGGGACCCAGUUCCAAACAUGCCCUUUCACAGUGUCUAAGGGGACGUGAUGUCGAUGGCCAGGACAAGGUCAGUGUUAUGACACUUCCAGUGACGCAGGCAUGGGCCUGAAGUCUACACCAGGGAUAAGAAAAUGGAAUAUCCAAUGCAAACAUAAAUCAUGCCCAGCUCAUGACAACACUACGUAGCCUUUCUCUGUGAAAUAUGGAAUAAGCUAAAGCGUUUUUGCUGACUAAAAGCUAUCUGGAUAUUGAGCCCUGAGUAGGUGGAACAUUUCUGUUUCUGCAUGGAUUAUAAAGCUUUGUGUUGGAGUCAAUGGUCCCCUAAUGUUUAUGUUCAUCACCUCUUCCUGUUGUUAGUGGAAUUACCUGGUGACUAUCCAUUUAGACUGAAAUUCUAGAGUUCUACUAAUUAAUAAUUACCAUUGGCACUGAAAUAGAAACUGAAGAAUUGGACGGAAUUGUUUCACCAACAGCACGUGGAAACUUUCUCUGCCAUUUCUGAAUACUUGAUAGCAGAUUUGCACUUAGCAAGAGAAAAUGGAACAAUGACAGAAAUGCUUAUAGGGGAAUUAGGGUCGCUUCCUCUUUAAUUAUACUUCUUCCACAUAAGUCGAAUUAUCUUACACAGGUCCUUUAAUUUCUUCGGGUUUUGGCUUUAUUUUCUCCAAGGCCCUGAU